AGGUACGCAAGUACGGUACAUCCUCGAACCCGGUGCAGCAAUCAUUCUCCUGCAGGCAUGCUGAUCCCCAGGAGUUGCGGUCCCACAUCAACAUUCACAUUUGAAAGUGGAGUUUUUGGUUUUUGACGACAUCAUCCGCAGGGAAGGCCUAACACCUCUCGUCCGCAUGGAAGUGUCCCACCAAAAAAAACAAAAGGAGGCAAUGGCUAUCUCAGACUUGUAUAACUGGUCUCAGGACUUCCGAGUACUCCACUGCACCCUACACCUUCUACCAUAUUAU